CUCCAAUUGAACAUAUCAACAUUUCUUAUCAACUAAGAAAACCUAACAUAAUCAAAACCAGAAACCCACACACAAUAAUCCAAUUCAUCUCGUAACCACCGUCAUCUUCCGAUCCACCACCGAUCAUGUCAUCUCCGGCGCCGUCGUCAUCGGCGGCGAACGUCAUGCUCGCAAUCUACGAGAAAAAAACCGUCGCAAUCGAUCUCUACCGUCCGUUACGCAACUACAUAGUCUUCAAUUACUCCGAACGCGAAGCUCAAACCCUAGAAGACGACCUCGAAACCCUAAAAUCGAUGCGUAACACAAUCGAACGCGCCACCGCCGCCGACUCACUCCCCGCUCGCCGUGACGUUCUUCAAAGCUACUUCAAAGCCCUAACUGCUGUUGAAUCUAGGUUUCCGAUCUCCUCCGAUAAGGAUCACGUGAACUCCGUCACGUUCACGUGGCAUGACGCGUUUAAAAACAAGCAGAAAGCGUCGCAGCAGAAUAUUCAUCUGGAGAAGGCUGCGGUUUUGUUUAAUUUAGGGGCGGUGCAUAGUCAGAUAGGGUUGACUUUUGAUCGGUCAACGGUGGAAGGUAGGCGGCAGGCGUCUCACUCGUUUAUUGCUGCGGCUGGUGCGUUUGCGUUUUUGAGGGAUAAUGAGGCUGCUAAGGCGUCGAUUGGGAGCUCGACUACAGUGGAUGUUUCGGUGGAGUGUUCCGGAAUGUUGGAGAGGUUGAUGCUGGCUCAAGCUCAGGAGUGUGUGUUUGAGAAUUCGAUUGCGAAAGGAAGUAGUUCUGGUGUAUGUUCCAAGAUCUCCAAGCAGGUGAGUCUUUUUUACGAAGAAGCUUUAGCUGCACUGAAUGUUGCACCUCUCACCAACCACUUCGAUAAAGCAUGGCUGUCUCAUGUUCAGCUAAAGGCGGCAUUGUUUUUUGCGGAAGCUUGUUAUAGAUACGGUUUAGAGCUUCAUGAGAAAGAGGAGAUUGCGGAAGAAAUUGCACGGUUAAAGAGUGGUAUUGGUGCUUUGACUGAUGCUAAAAAGUCAUCUUCAAAAGGGGCUGCGGCUCAGAUUCUUGACGCGAUUAAUAAACUGGAGAUUAAUCUUAAAACUAAUUUAGAGAGGGCUAUGAAGGAGAAUGAUAGGGUGUAUCUUAUGAGGGUCCCACAAGCCAGCUCAUUGCCGCCUCUUCCUGCGUUUGCGAUGGUCAAACCGUUGAACAUGAACGAGGUAUUGGACGCAAGCAGAGACAAGAUGUUUGCUAGUCUCGUUCCUGACAGCAGUGCAAAGGCUUUAUCACGGUACACUGAAAUGGUUGAUGACAUCAUUAGAACUCAAGCCGAGAAGUUGCAGCAAGGGAGUGAACUGGCUAGAGUGAGCCUUAAGGAAAUGGAUUUGCCGGAUUCGAUUCUUGCAUUGGAAGGACACUCAGUGUUGCCAACCGCUUUAUGGGAAGAUGUGGAAGCAGUUCAAAUUAGUGGCGGUCCAGCUGGCUUAGAAGGCGAGCUUCAACAACUUCGUGAUUUAAGUAGGGUUAAUCAUGAACUGUUAGUUCAGACUGAGGAGCUUAUUCAAAAAGAAGCGGCAGAAGAUGCACAGUUUAGAAGCCAAUUUGGGACGAGGUGGACCAGGCCUCAGUCUACCACUCUCACGAAAAACUUGCAGGAUCGAUUAAAUAGGUUUGCUGCAAAUUUAAAGCAAGCUGCAGAAAGUGAUGGUAAAAUUGAACGCUCAGUGAGAGACAACAUGGCACUCAUGUCUAUUCUAGAUCGCCGUCCAAUUGAAUCGGCCCUACCAACAUUGGCUAAACCAAUCAUGUCUUUGGAUGCCAAUGAAGAUGCUAUAGUGGGGACCCUGAAGCAGAGCUUGAGGCAAUUAGAGACACUGGGUGCUCAAAGGGCAGGUCUGGAAGACAUGCUGAAAGAUAUGAAGAGAAAGGAUGAUAUACUUCCGAAGUUGAUGACAUCCACAGGUUCAUACGAGGAUCUUUUCAGAAAAGAGAUAGCAAAAUAUAAUCGUAUAUGUGAAGAAAUAUCUCAAAACCUUCAAGAUCAGGAGCAAUUGUUGCGACAUAUUCAGGCUCAAAACCGUGAAUUUGCUAGCACCUUCAAUAUCGAGGAUUACAGAGCUGCUUGUGAAAAGUGCUAUAAGCAGAUCGAAGCUGCCAUAGCCAAAUAUCGAGAAAUUAAAGAGAACAUUAAUGAAGGACUCAAGUUUUACGUUACUCUUCAGGAUGCAAUCACAAGCGUAAAGCAACAGUGCAGUGACUUCGUGAUGACACGAAGCAUACAGUGCAGAGAAAUGAUCGAAGACGUGCAAAGACAAAUGUCAGGUUUAAGUUUUCAAGACGGUAAAAAUUCAAACACUUGCAAUUACCCAUCAACCGGACCCCCUCAAAGAACAUCUUCCCAGCCGGACCCCACCAACCAACCCCGCCCGCAACCACCUUACUACCACCAGCCGCCGCCGCAGCAGUCAUCGCCACCACCUCCAGCAUAUGCUCAGCAACACCCCCCACAGCCUGCUCCUACACCAGGAUACGCACAACAUCCGCCCUAUUCCCAUCCCCAACCACCAUGUCCUUACCGUGGUGGGUCCCCCUCUCCAUACCCACCUCAGCAGGGCCAACAACCGCCGCCAGCUGGCGGUUAUGAGUACGGUCAGCCUGCUUAUCCUGGUUGGCAGGGGUCGUACUACAAUGCGCCAGGUCAGCAACCUGGAUCGUUUCCUAGGCCACCGUAUACAGCUGCUCCUUCUCCUUACCCUCCUCCUAACCAGAGUAGUUACUAUAAUAAAUAAACAAUGAUUUUGUUUUGUGGUGAAUGGUUUUUGGUCUUCAUUUAAUAAUAUUAUUGCUUUUAUUCUAUCUACGUUUAUAGUUUAAUAAUUACUAUGUAAGGAGAAUUUAGUGCCCCGCGUCUGUAAACUCACCGAAUACAUGCUUGUAUGUAAUGAACCGUUACGGUAUAUACUGUCAGUGUGUUGUGUUCGUUUUCAUGUUUC